GUAAAAAAACCAACACCAACCAUGAACUAAAGUGUGCAGUCCUUAUUGUUGGAUAAAUAUUGUAUUUCUUGGUUACCUGUUAAGCUGAAAAUGAACUGAAUUCUCCAAGAAGGAGCCCAGCCAUGGAUGAGGAGAGCUUGGAAACAGCCAUUCAGACUUACAAUGCUCAGUUGGAGCAAGUGGACCUGGCUUUAGGGGCUGGGCUGGACCCAACACAACAGGCUGAUCUAAUCCAGCUGCAGGCUGAUUUAAGGCAGCUGAUCGAACUGACCGAAGCCAGCCUCCUGUCUGUGAAAAAAAGCAAGCUUUGCUCAAGUUUAGACACAGAGGUGCUUUCCACGCCUUCAUCCGCUCAUCCUCAACAGAGCCCUGGAGAAGCUGGCCGUCCAAACACCGAUGACGAAUACGCUGCUUUUAAGGAAGCCAUUGCACAAAUAGACGGAGAGGAUGGUCCAUUCAGAACUCGGGAGGACAGAGAUGGAACGGGUGAUGAAGAGGAAGAACAGGAGGAAGAAGAGGAGGAGGAGGAAGAAGAAGAAGAAAUAGCUAGUGGAAUGAAAGUGAAAGCUCCUUACUACAGUUCCUGGGGAACCUUGGAGUAUCACAAUGCUAUGAUCGUAGGUAGUGAGUGCUUGGAAGAUGGAGGGCCCGGAGUUAGGGUGCUCUACCUCUACCCAACUCACAAGUCUUUAAAGCCGUGCCCCUUUUUCCUGGAUGACAAGUGUCGAUUUAAAGAGAAUUACAUUGACAGCGGUUACUACACGGUGAAAUUUGACUCGCUGCUCCUGAAGGAGGCGGUGGUGGAAGGGGACGGUGUCAUCCCUCCACUCCGUAGUGAGGAGACCUCUUCUUCCUCAGAGUCCGAAGGUGAUGAGUUGGAUAGUGCUGGGUAUGCUAAAGUCGUUGAAUGCAGCAUCACGGAGAACGGAGAAGGGACCUCCACUUGCCUUUCGUCCUUCGGCAGCUGGGAAGCCCACACCCGGGGCAUUGGCUCCAAGCUUAUGGCUCAGAUGGGUUACGAGCUUGGUAAAGGUCUGGGCAAAAAUUCCGAGGGUAGGGUUGAGCCCGUAUUGGCCGUCGUCCUCCCCAAGGGGAAAUCGCUGGACCAGUGCGCGGAGAUCCUGCAGAAGAAGAGGGAGGGCAAGUCGGAUCCAUCCAAGGCCAGGAAACGGAGGCCGAAAGGAAAGAACGCGGUCCGCCUCCGGCAGCAGAACCCGAAGCCGCGUAACGUCUUCGAUUUUCUGAACGAGAAGCUUCAGGGCCAGGAGGCUGGCGGGCAGCCGGAAGGGACGCUUCCCCCCCUGGAGAGGAGCAGCAAAGAGCUCUACCACGCCAGCAAGACCACCAAGAAGGCGCUCAGCGUCCGCCUCUUCCAGACCGUGGAAAAAAUCGAUCAGACCCAGAGGGACAUACGGGGGAUCCGCGAGGCCUUGGCGCGCAACGUCGGGCGGCACACGGUGGCCACAGCGAAGCUGGAAGAGAAGCUGUCGGGGGCCCACAAGAAACUGGGGGAGCUGCGGGCUUUGGAGGCGAGCCUCCAGCAGGAGCAGAAGAAAGCCGACACGCACAAAAAGAUGACCGAGUUCUAG